ACCCCAAAGACUGCAGUAAAGCCAAGAAGUUGGUUUGUAACAUCAACAAGGGGUGUGGCUAUGGCUGUCAGCUGCAUCAUGUCGUCUACUGCUUUAUGAUUGCGUAUGGUACCCAACGCACUCUCAUCCUGGAAUCACAGAACUGGCGCUACUCCACUGGGGGAUGGGAGACUGUCUUCAAACCAGUUAGUGAAACCUGCACGGACAGAUCUGGCACCACCACUGGCCAUUGGUCAGGUGAGGCCAAUGAUAAAAAUGUACAAGUGGUGGAACUGCCAAUAGUCGACAGCCUGCACCCGCGACCACCAUAUCUACCCUUGGCUAUUCCCGAAGACCUGGCAGGUCGACUAACUCACCUCCAUGGAGAUCCGUCGGUCUGGUGGGUUUCACAGUUCGUCAAAUAUUUGAUACGUCCGCAAGCUUGGUUGGAGAAGGAAAUUGAAGAGGCAACGAGAAAGCUUGGCUUCAGGCAUCCAAUUAUUGGCAUUCAUGUGCGUCGCACGGACAAAGUUGGAACCGAGGCAGCCUAUCAUCCUAUUGAAGAAUACAUGGUACACGUGGAGGAGCACUACAAAUUUCUCGCUCGCAAGACGGAGAUUGAUAAAAAACGAGUUUACCUCGCCACAGAUGACCCAGCACUGCUACAGGAAGCUAAGUCAAAAUACCCAGAUUAUGAAUUCAUCAGUGAUAACUCUAUCUCGUGGUCAGCGGGCCUGCAUAACCGAUACACAGAGAAUUCACUGCGAGGCGUGAUUCUGGACAUCCAUUUUCUCUCUCAGGCAGACUUCUUAGUCUGUACCUUCUCAUCACAGGUUUGUCGAGUGGCCUAUGAGAUAAUGCAAACGUUACACCCAGAUGCUUCAGCCAAUUUCCGUUCUCUGGACGACAUCUAUUACUUUGGUGGGCAAAAUGCACACAAUCAGAUUGCAAUUUACCCUCACAAACCACAGACUCCAGAAGAAAUUGUGCUGGAGCCAGGAGAUCUGAUUGGCGUAGCGGGCAACCAUUGGGAUGGUUAUUCCAAAGGUAUCAAUCGAAGAAAUGGACGAACAGGACUGUACCCGUCUUACAAAGUGAAGGAAAACAUUGAGACUAUUAAAUACCCAACCUACCCAGAGGCUGACAAUGAGAAGCCACAGUAGCUACAAUGACACUCCACAGCCUCAGUGAAUGUAUCUUGCCAUAGAUCUGAAAUCCAGCCAACUUUUCAUUCGAAACUCUAUGGUCUCUGCAGAUGCAUCUGUCUCCCUCCAUUGUCCUGCUGUUGGUUGUGUUUGGUUGUCUGCCAUCAAGUCACUGUAAUCCACAGUGAUUGACACUGCGCCAUUGUGCAGAUUAGAGCAUGAGCAAAUGUGUGUUCAAUCAUGGUGCCUAACACUCUUUGACCUUUUGAACCUUUUGGAAGAAUCACACCCAGCAUUCGUACUGAGGUGUUUUGAACUCUGACCUAGAACAGAGGUUGAACAUCGCAAACAUAAAAUUUGAUCAGAAAGACUUAACCCAUUCCAUGGCCUGUCUGAAGCCCUCACAAGAGAAGUGAUAGAGUACAUUGAGUACAUUUUUCUCCUUUCCAAAGGUAGACAAAGGAAGGAAGAGUCUGAAUAAUCCAGUGCACAUCCACAUUUCACAGAUUUUUGUAAAAGCAAAAUCAUGGACAGAAACUUUAAUACAUGACGUUUCCAGACAUUGUCUUUGAUAACAAAAACAAAUAAAUAAAAAUGAAACCAGUUAA